AUGGAGACAGAGGGUGAGAUGAUCGCAGGGGCAAAGCCCACCAAGAACUCUGCAACAGGAGAAGAUAAGCGGGACGGCCAGUCAAAGGUUCAAGAAAAGAUGGGAAACCCGGCAUUGAUGUUAUCGAGAGAGGAUGUUGGAUUGCUAGGCAUCACCGCUACAGGAAAUUUCUUGGACGCCUACGACUAUUUCAUAAUUAAUCCCGUAUCUACGAUGCUCCAAUACGAGCUAUUUGCGGGGGAUAGCCUCCCACCCAGACUUGAGGGAUACCUAAAGUCAGGCGCAUUAAUAGGAAGCGUUCUCGGCCAGCUGUUAUUCGGCUAUCUUGGAGAUGCGUUUGGAAGGAAGGCUAUAUAUGGCAAGGAACUUUUGACGGUCAUUAUUGGGACUAUAUUAUGUCUUUCCACGCCGACGAGUGUUCUGAGCCCUUCCAACUCCCUCAUUUACCUUGCCUCCUUCCGGAUAAUCGUUGGUAUCGGCAUCGGCGGCGAUUAUCCAAUGUCUUCAAGUAUCACUACUGACCGCACUGAGCCUUGGAAACGAGGAACUGUCCUAUCGUACAUUGUUGCGAUGCAAGGAUGGGGUAGCCUUGUUGGCAGUCUGAUCGCAAUCAUCGUCCUCGCAGCCUACAAGCACGUCAUCAACGACAACGGGGAAGUUGACAAACUGGACGCAGUGUGGAGGAUCACGAUCGGCCUAUCGCUCGUACCGGCCUUUGCUACUAUUUAUCAACGGCUUACUCUGCCUGAGCCACCUCUCCAUUCCGCUGCUCGUCGCAAAUACAUGGAAGCCGAAGACGUCAGCAUACCUGAAUUCUUGGAAUACUUAUCGGAGUGGAAGCACGCGAAGCACCUCAUCGGGACGUGCCUCAGCUGGUUCCUCACCAAUAUCGCGUUUUUUGGCGUGAACCUCAACCAAAACUUCGUUCUCGAACAAAUUGGGUUCCAAGGCACCACAGGAACGCCCUGGCAGAAGCUCUUUAGGGUAGCUACUGGGAGUUUGAUCAUCACGGUGCUAGGCUUCCUCCCCGGCUAUUACUUCACGGUCUUUACGAUCCACAGACUUGGCCGAAAGUGGAUCCAAGUCCAGGGCGCGCUUAUGACGGCUUUAUUCAUGGCGAUAUUGGCGGCCAAGUUCCAAUCGUUGGGCAAGGCUGGAUUUAUUGUGUGCUUCACGCUCCUACAGUUCUUCUUCAACUUCGGAGCGAACAUGACGAUAUAUAUCAUCCCAGCAGAACUAUUUCCUUCGCGGUACAGAGCCUUUGCUCACGGCAUCUCUGCCGCUUCCGGUAGAUGCGGGGCCAUCCUCUCGUCGUUGGUGUUCAACCAACUUAGCAAGAGUGUAGGCACACCUGUAAUUCUGUGGAUCUUCUUUGCAGUAUCACUUCUGACAGUCGUGGUCACAUUGGUAUUUCUGCCAGAGACCAACGGCCGCGACGCCGACGUCAUCUUCGAGAAGGAAUUGCAAGAGAAAGAUGCACGCGCUCGCUCAUCGAGAACUGUGUGA